AGAAUGCUGAGCGUGAAACUGCAGAAGCCACAUGCUUGAUUGUCGCCUACAUAUUAUAUGUUGAAUCAAUAUAAAUGAAAAUCCUCACCAUUUACACAUAGAACUGGAAGUAGUCGCGAAAUCAGAGCUAAGUAUAAUUCAGGAAGGUACUUAUAUAAGUAGACUCAUUGGCGAAAAACAAAAACAUAUUCGUAAACAUAUGUAGUAUCUAUAACAUUAUGGUACGUAAGUUGUAGUCUCACUCAAGGUGAGCUUCGCCUUCAUCUUGUCAAACAGAAACACUGGAAAAAAAUGAAGAAUUUAACUUCUACAGUGACGGUGUAUAGUCUUGCUGGUGAGAGCAUAGGAGAGAUAGCACUUGCAGCCACUGCUGAAAAUAGUGCUCAUCACGACGAGAAUGUCGUGGGAGCUGGGACAGCUGGGCAGCUUGGAGAUGUUGCGGUUCGGGAUGUGCGCGAGAUGGCCGGAAACUUCUUCAAUGUUCCAUUGACUCAUACGUUGGUUUUCUAUGCCGGAAAAGAUGUAACUGGUCGUGAGUUUUUCAAUCUUGAAGAUUCUGGCUUGGCACCAAGACCCGAUCUUGGGGACAAUGACAACGAGAAAACUUCUGAGAUUCCUGAUAUUCACGUAGCUGUCGACAACUCUGAGCGAGCUACGUGGCUGAGAGCGCUUCGAGGCCUGGAGGAAUUUCUUUACCUG